CCUACAGGUGGAAGGAGAAGGAGGUCACCUCGGGUCGGGGCCCAGGGGAUUGGAUGUCGGAGUCUGGGCACCCGGAGCCCAGGUCCAAGCCCGCCAGCGCAGGCUAUAAUUAGCCGGGUGCGACUGCUGACCCGGAUGCCCAGCGAGUUCCCUCUGCCACGCUGCCCGAAGCAGAUCAGGCGCAAGUGAGAGGCAAUCCAGCGAACCUGGGCCAUGAGCGUGUCGGAGUCGGCACCUCGUCCUUCCAACCCGGGGCGCGUCUCUCUUCCCGUACAGAAGGACGGCUUUGGCUUGCCUUCGCCGGGCCUGAGAACCCCCUCCUGGCCUCGGACCCCGGACGAGGAUCCAGGUUUGCCCCCCUUUCCUCUGGAAGAGCCUGGCCCCAGGUCCAUGCCCCAAGGGAACCUUCCCUCUCCAGCCUUGUCCCUAGAGGAAGAGGAGGACGAAGAGGAUGAGGAUGGAGGAGACGCGGCGGAGCCUGAGGGGCUGCGCAGUGAGGAACACCUGAGCCAGUUUUUCGCGGAGGCACAGCGGCUGCGGGAGCAGAGGUUGUUGCUGGAUGAAGAAGUGUCCGUCGGGGGACGAGUAUACGGGGUGCAUCGAGUGAUCCUGGCAGCAGUUAGCAGCCUCUUUCGAGACAGGCUGAGCGGCGAUGGUCCGCGAUCUCCUUUCAGCCUCGACGUGGCCCCCGGGGCCUGGGAGGCCGUGCUGACCUUUGCCUAUGAGGGGGUGCUGGGUCCCGCCCCGCUGGAGGAUGUGUUGAUCGCUGCUGAGGCCCUGGGAGCGCCCAGGGUGAAGGCCGCGGCCCAAUGGAAACGCGAGAGGGCUGGAAGCGCCCAGAAGGAUGAACAGCAGCCCAGCCAGGCAGAGGAGCUGAGGGAGAACCUGCGCAGCAUCGAGCUCCUAUACCAAGAGGGCGUCGGGUGUGACCUGGAGCUAGAGGCGGGCGGCUGCCGGCUGUGGGUGCACCGAGCAGCCCUGGCCUGUGGCAGCGAGUUCUUUGGGGCCAUGCUCCUGAGUGGAAUGAGGGAAUCCCAGGGCACAGAGGUGUCUCUACACACCAUGUCUGCCCAGGACCUGCGACUCCUCGUCUCUUUUGCCUAUUCUGGGGUUGUGCGGGCAAGGUGGCCAGGACUGCUGAGAGCUGCCCAGGCUGCUCUGCAGUACCAGAGUGCCUCCUGCCUGGCUCUGUGCCAGAGAGCCUUGGCACGGGGCCUCAGUCCUGCCCGUUGCCUCGCCCUGUUCCCCAUGGCUGAAGCCCCCGGAUUGGAGAGGCUCUGGAGCAAAGCCCGUCACUACCUCCUCACCCACCUGCCUGCAGUGGUUUUGUGCCCUGCUUUCCCUUCUUUACCGGCUGCCUGGCUGGCUGAGCUCCUGGAUUGUGAUGAGCUACACAUGCAGGAGGAGUUAGAGGCCUUUGUGGCUGCACGGUGUUGGCUAGCUGCCAACCCUGAGACCCAGGAGUCAGAGGCCAAGGCCCUGCUUCGAUGUGUCCGCUUUGGCCGUAUGUCUACUAGGGAGCUGCGGAAAGUACGGGCAGCGGGGCUGCCUCCACCCCUGUCUCAGGAAUUGCUGCAUCAGCUGAUAGUGGAGUCUGAGAUUCCAGGUCAACAGAGGCGGAGGGAGCCUGACCAGGCUCUGGUAGUGAUUGGUGGGGACGGGCUCAGCUCAAACAUGGCCGUAAGACAGCCAUCCCGAGGAGUGUGGUGGGCCCGGGCCUUCUGCUGUGGCAUGGGACUGGUUCGAACUGUGGAGUGGGGGCGGCUGCCUGCCCUGCCAGCCCCAGGGCGCUUCCGGCAUGGGGCUGCGAGCCUGGCAGGAAGUGAACUCUACGUGUGUGGGGGACAGGAUUUCUACAGCCACUCCAACAUCCUGGCUUCGACUCUCAGGUGGGACCCCAGUCAAGAGGACUGGGAAGAGAUGGCACCUUUGUGCCAGGCUCGGAGUUUUUUCCCCCUCGUGGCACUGGAUGGACUCCUUUAUGCCCUGGGUGGACGAGCCAAUGGUGUUGCCCUCAACUCUGUGGAGACCUAUAACCCUGAGCUCAAUGUCUGGAGGCCAGCACCUGCACUUCCAGCACCUCGUUUUGCCCAUGCAGCUGCUGUUUUGGAGGGUCGGUUGUACAUCAGCGGUGGCUGCAACAGGUCUCACCAAUGCCUUGCCUCAUUGCUGCACUAUGACCCCAAACUCGAGAAGCCGGGGACACUUUUGAGCCCUAUGGGGGUGCCUCGGGCUGGCCAUGUCAUGGCUGCUCUGAGUGGGCGGUUGUACGUAGCGGGUGGGCUAGGUGAGACUGGGGACCUGCUGAGCUUUGAGUCCUAUGAACCAAGGACUGAUAGCUGGACUCACCUAACACCCCUGCCCUCCCCCCACGUGGGGGCUGCAUGUGCUGUGCUGCAAGGGGAACUCCUGGUGCUGGGGGGCUACAGCCACCGUACUUACGCCCUCUCCCACCUUAUCCAUGCUUACUGUCCUGGCCUGGGCCGAUGGCUCUGCCUGGGAACGCUGCCAAGGCCUCGUGCUGAGAUGCCUGCCUGUAUCCUGACACUGCCAACUGUGCAGCACACAGCUUUGGGUCCCACACGGCACCAAACCAAACCUGCUGGGUGAGGCGGGAGCAACAGUGGAUGGGGGGGAGCAGGGAUAGGACACAUCAGAAAAGAAGGGCAGAGAUUAUUUAGGGGGAGAAAGAUAGUAUUUAUUCUAGCACAGUGCUUUAUAACUCAAACUGCUUUUGAACAUAUGAUCUUUACUGAGGAAAAAGUAGUUUCAAAAUUCCUGGGGAAAGAGCAUUGGGGAAGGGGAGGCAGCUGAAUACCUAGGUUAGGAGAGCAGACCCAGAAGCAACUCUACAAGGUUUAGGGACCCUGGUAUGAGUCUUGGCGGGGAAAGUACAUCUAGCUGGGAAGACAGUCGAGAAGCUCCAGUAGCUAAGGUGUCGGGGCCAUGAGAGGACAGUUAGAAAAAUGAUUCUGACCAAUGGAUCAAGAAGAAGAAUGUGGAAAGUCCAUCCAUGAAUGAGUUUGAGGAGUUGCGGGGGAAGGGCUGUAAUUGCUGAGCCCUUCCCUUUUCCAGGACUUGCUCCUCUCUCCAACACAUGGGACACCUGAACCUGCCUGACAAUAUUCUUUCUCACGUAACUUGUAGGCCCAGUCUAGCAUUUCCUCAGCCCAGACACUGCAGGCUGCCCUUAAGAACCUCUUGGUUUUCAAUCUGAGGUGUAAGUUCCCAUCUGGACAACACAGGGGCUUGAGAAGCCAGGGCGUUAAGGUGGGAGUGCUGCCCGUGGGGCAGAUGAGGAGGGCAGAGGCAAAGUGGGGAGGCACCACGGUGGGAAAGGCAUGAUACGAGGUUUGAGGGAACGGGGCAGAAGAAGUCAGAAGGCUGACUGGCUUCUUUCCUUCUCUUUGGGGUGAAUUGAGGGAUCAGGAGUGAAAAGAGGAUAGUUGUGGUGUAAGAGGAAAUGGUAGAGGGAACUGUGAGAGGCAAACAAGACCGUGAAAAUUGGUUUUCCCUCUUUCUGUCUCUUUCCUCCAAAGUUUUUGAAUCCAUUCCCCAUCCCCUUUUUGAGUCAGAUGCUUUCUCUCUCCCUUCUUCCACCCUGCUCGUCUUUCUUUUUUUCUUUCUUCUUUGUUUUCUCUUCUCCUUUUCUCCAUCACAGUUAUUAAGUUACCUACUAUGUGCCAGGCUGUAUUCAAGACACUAAGGAUACAAAAGUCAGAGAACUCCUGACCAGCAGACAGACUUGUAAACAAAUACAAGUUUUGCAGUGGACUUAGAGGUGCGGACACUUACCUCAUACUUCAUGAGGUAUGAGUGCCCGGAGGAUAGAGGAGUGAACUCUGCCCAGGGAAGGCUUCUGUUAGGGAAGGCAUCACCAUCAGAUGGGUGUAGUUUGAACUGGAUCUUGAAGGCCUCCUGACUCACAAGUUGGAGACGGAGGAAGACAUUCCAGUCAGAGAAGGGAAGCAAGUGGGAAACGUAGGACCCUGUGUCUCCAUACUAAAGGGAAUGUCAGAAUUCCAACAGUUCUUCAGAGAAUCCUGCUGCUGUGGCCAGCCUACUCUUUCCUCUGGAGCUUUCUGAAGACAAUGGCUUUCGCUUAGUGAUUGUAUGUUCCCUCCAUCCACAACUCCCUGAAAUCUUUCUUGUCUGGAAUUUUCCAUUUCUGACCCUUGAGCAGCUUAGGGCAAGGAAGGGCCAGUUCUUUUUGCCUAAAUCAAUUUUCUAUUACCAUUGUUUAUUACGAUUCUCAUGCUCCUAAGGGUGAGAUGAAGGAGACUCCCUUGCAUCUUUUUACAUCCUGGCCCUGGAGGUACUUGACAUGUUUUUGUGGGUUUUUUUUUUUCUCAAGAUUUCAUUAUUUUAUUAAGGUUAUUUUUCUAUAUCUCUGUUUAGGAACGUAGGUGAAAAUGAGGAGGGGUAAGUAGGAUAUAUAAAAGAGAAAAAGAAUUAAAGAAGACAGGGAAGAAGGAAAUUGGAGGCAUUGAAAAACUAUGAGGAUUGGGUCUUUAGGGUAAACUGUGAACAUGUUCUUUAUGAUUUGUACAAGAAGA